UGACCUUGAUCUAUACAGACCAGCAGCAGAUAAACAGGAAGCAGGUUGCUGCAUUACAGCAGAUUUCUUGUGAUGCUUGUGUGAUUUGCUGAAGAGCAUCUGUACAGUGUUGAAUAUGGCAUCAGUCCUGCAGAAGCUCAUCACUCCUCUGUUCAGCGGGCCGGCUGAACCGCCGAGGAACAAAGUGACGGUGGUCGGUGUGGGACAGGUUGGCAUGGCCUGUGCCUUCAGCAUUCUGCUGCGGGAGAUGGCGGACGAGCUGGCGCUGGUGGACGUGGUCGAGGACAAACUCAAGGGAGAGAUGAUGGACUUACAGCACGGAAGUCUCUUCCUAAAGACGCCCAAGAUCGUCUCAGGCAAAGAUUACUCUGUGACGGCCAACUCUCGUAUCGUGGUGGUAACGGCAGGCGUUCGUCAACAGGAAGGCGAGAGCAGACUGAAUCUGGUGCAGAGAAACGUCAGCAUCUUCAAACACAUCAUCCCUCAGAUCGUCAGAUACAGCCCCAACUGCAUCCUCAUCGUAGUGUCCAACCCAGUGGACGUUUUGACCUAUGUGACCUGGAAGCUGAGCGGCCUGCCGAAGCACCGCGUCAUCGGCAGCGGAACCAACCUGGACUCGGCUCGCUUUCGUUACCUGAUGGCCGAGAGGUUGGGCAUCCACCCCAGCAGCUUCAACGGAUGGAUUCUGGGAGAACAUGGAGACUCCAGCGUUCCUGUUUGGAGUGGCACUAAUGUGGCAGGAGUCAGUCUGCAGAAACUCAAUCCAGACAUCGGCAAAGACACGGACAGAGAGAACUGGAAAGAGACACACAAGAAGGUCGUGGACAGUGCCUAUGAGGUGAUCCGACUGAAGGGUUACACUAACUGGGCCAUCGGCUUGAGUGUGGCCGACCUGACCGAGAGCCUCAUGAAGAACCUGAAUCGAGUCCAUCCCGUUUCCACCAUGGUGAAGGGUAUGUACGGGAUCGGUGACGAGGUCUUCCUGAGCCUGCCGUGUGUGUUGAACAGCGCUGGAGUGGGCAGCGUGGUCAACAUGACUCUGACCAGCGACGAGGUCUCGCAGCUGAAGAAGAGCGCAGAAAUGCUGUGGCACAUCCAGAGAGACCUUAAAGAUCUGUGACGCUAACUCACAACCAAGAGCUUUCACUCACAGCGUCACAUGCUUCAUCACUGCUUGAGCGGUUCACAGGAGGGCUUGCAUAAGAUUUUUUUUAAAUAUCUAGUAUUACGUAAUUAAUCGUACUAUCAAAUGAUUUAGGGGUCUGAAAUUACAUGUACAUAACACAUGACUGUCACAUUAGCACAUAAGCAGAUCUUGGUGUCUGAAAGCUUACGGUGAAUAUUAUACGCUACAAUUCAAAAGUUUGGACACACUUGACUGAAUUGAUGUUUCUUAUGAUCCUAAAAACAUUUUGAUCCAAACGUUUCUGCUCAAAUGCUUCAAAUUAGCUUUGUAGACAAAUAUAAAUUGUGCCAACAUUUGAAUUAAUUUGCAAAACUAUUUUUUAAUUAAAAAAUGCAUGGAUUGUGAAGGAAAAGCAUCAUCAAGCUUUUAAGCCCUGGGUAUACGCUAGUGUACUGAACGCACAGCCUUACAAAGUAUACUUCAUUUGACUCCUACACAUACACAGGCGUUCGACGCAUGCGCAGUUUUGAGCACUCAAUCUCUCGCCACGAGUUACAAUCCUGUAAACAUCUUUGUAUUCUUUCAUGCUAGAGUUGUACAAAUGAGGGUACUUUAUAAUCUCCUAAUCUUUCUAACCUCCUCCGUUGUCGCUGUAGCUUGCAUGCAGUUUUUCUUUGACUACCUUGUGAAUCGACGCCCCCAGGGCACGGUUGCCACCUUGUGGAUAAACUAAUUACUGCAAAAUAAUAAUAAUAAUAAUGAUAAUAAUAAUUAAAUACAGUAUAGUAUAGAAAGACGGUUCACCUCCAUUAGUUAUGAAUAUGGGAGAAACUGCAACGCGCAAUAUGGCGGAAUACGUCCCGCCUUCUAAGUAAAAGAGCCAAUCGCUGAUUGAUAAAGUCAUUGCGUCACUGCAGCUGCCGUUAGAAGCUCCGGUUCCCAUUGAAACCUGAGACUCGCGAUUAGGACUGCACAUGCGCAUUGGCUAGUCUAGGCUGAAAAAUAAGCGUUUUAAACGCUAUUUGAGCAUAAGGAACAACAUUUAUGGGACAGUUCAUGUCUGAUUUUGUUGCUGAUUUGAAAUAUGUUAUUUAAUUGUGAGUUCGCCGAGCAGUUUUUGAUAUUUCAGGAUUUCCCCAUUCAAAUAGAUAGGACUUGGGCUGCGUCCACUUUUCCAAUUUUAGACACGCACUCGCGAACUUCCCUAAGCACUUCCCCUCGGGGGAAUCCCUGCCGCCAUUUUGAAGUGCGUUCAGUGGACAAGGGAAGUUUAUAUGGACAGACCCUCGUCCCCUUGAUUCUGACUGAGGGAGCAAGUCUACUCUGAUGUACACUUCAAGCAGCUCUAUAUCCCACAAUUCAACUUGAUUGUGACCGAGAUUUAAUCGCAUAAUAAUUACAGCUACCUUAUAUUCACAGUCAAAGUUUAUAUUUGUUUCAUUUGUGUAAUUUUAUUUUUCUCCAACAGCUCUCUUCAACUUAUAAGCAUAUAGAAUGUUGCAUAAAACAAAUUAAUAACUACAAAAGGGGUUUAAAUAAUAAAUCAGCUCUAUAGUGAAUUCCAAGUGAUCAAGGGCUUAGUGCGUUUCAUUUAAACCUUAUGCACGAGUUCCGCCAGUAGUGGGCACUUGUGCAAUGUAAGCAAUGAUGCACAACCAAGUCCAUGAGAUGGAGGGAAGUUAGCGAGUGAAGGGCAUAAAAAUUUGGAGUGGAACGCAGCCUUGGUCUUGGAUACCCGAAAUAGCUGCCUGGAGGUGUUACAAAUAUGGCCGCCGAGUGAACAUACUUUCCUUGAAAGGGACUUUGGUACUCUUCUGAUGUACGCUGACCCUCGCGUGCAUGCGCAUUAAAGUGAAGUAUACUUUGGGUUUAGGCUACAUGUUCAACAGUGUUUAAAAGCAUCCCAUGAUGCACCUCAUGAUGGUUGAUUAAUGUCUAAAAUGAGAAGAGUUGGAAUCCAAAGAAAAAACUCAAAUAUGAGUUUUCUUUCGUGUCACAUUUAAUCACGAAAUGUGAAAAAUAUUCAUAUAAGAAAAAGUAGGUGUGUCCAAACUUUUGAUUGACAUUGUUGCACUUCCAAAUGACUGUUAAGGGAACUACUCAAUGUACACACUAAAUGUUGAUAUUUAAGUGCAAUGUGUGAGCCAAAUGCUACAAAUAUAUACAUUUUUGUGUAAUAAAUCUGUUAUAAGGCUGUAGAUGUGAUGUCAGGCAACAGAUAGAUGGAUCGUCAAGGAUAUAAUCCAUUUAUUAAACAGGAUCUUUGUCGGUAAAAAUGUA